UUCAUUGACUCCUCGGGCCCUCCUUCCUGCGCCCAGAGAUCCGGGCGAGUGGAGGCCUCACGAGAAUGAAAGCAAAUCUCGCGACUCGUCUUUUUGCCUAGCGACGAACCCGCCGGUUGCUCCAAGUAGAAUCCGUUAAGUGGCCAGAGCUGGUUGGAGUGAGCCCCUAGCCCUGGGCGGGGGUUCUUCUCCCGUAGAGGAGACGGAUUCAGAGGGGCUACAGACCGAGAUCGUUGAGAACCAGUCGUACGAUGAGCGGCUAGAGAUUAACGACUCGGAAGAUGUUGCAAAUGUUUAUGCUCCAAGGACUUCCUUCUGCCCGCCUUCGCAGCAAGACCAGGGCUGAUAAUAGCAGUGAUCAGUACGAAGAGGAAAAUAACAAGAUGACCCCCCAGCGGGGCUUCAGUGAGAACGACGACGAGGACUACGGGGACGACGACGACUCCUCCGAGACCGACUCUGACACCGACGAGGACGAAGAGCACGGGGCCCCUCCGGAAGGGGCCUACAAUCCUGCGGACUAUGAGCACCUGCCCGUUUCUGCCGAGAUUAAGGAGCUCUUCCAGUACAUCAGCAGGUACACACCUCAGUUGAUCGAGCUGGAUCACAAACUGAAACCCUUCAUUCCGGAUUUCAUCCCAGCUGUCGGCGACAUCGAUGCAUUCUUAAAGGUCCCACGUCCUGACGGAAAGCCUGACAACCUUGGCCUGUUGGUGUUGGAUGAACCUUCUACAAAGCAGUCUGACCCUACAGUGCUCUCCCUGUGGCUGACGGAGAAUUCCAAGCAGCACAACGUCACGGGUCUCCCCUUGUUUUCCCAGCAACAUGUGAAAGUAAAGAGCAUGGAAGACGCGGAAAAGAAUCCCAAAGCCAUUGACACGUGGAUCGAGAGUAUCUGCGAGUUGCACCGGUCCAAGCCUCCUGCCACUGUGCACUACACCAGGCCCAUGCCCGACAUCGACACCCUGAUGCAGGAAUGGUCCCCAGAAUUUGAGGAACUUUUGGGCAAGGUGAGCCUGCCCACGGCCGAGAUCGACUGCAGCCUGGCGGAGUACAUCGACAUGAUCUGUGCCAUCCUGGACAUCCCUGUCUACAAGAGCCGGAUUCAGUCCCUGCACCUGCUCUUUUCCCUCUACUCGGAGUUCAAGAAUUCACAGCAUUUUAAGGCUCUCGCUGAGGGCAAGAAAGCAUUCACCCCUCCCUCCAACUCCACCUCCCAAGCCGGGGAUGCCGAGACACCGGCCUUCAGCUGAGCCGCUUCCCGGGCAGCGAGGGCACGGCCGGCCCACAGGCUGCCUUCCUGGGGCGGUGCGCAGCUUCACCGCUGCGGAGACGGGGACGAGAAGAACUGGAAUUUGCUGAGGGAUCCGUGGAGCUCGGGCUGGGAGGAAAGCUUAAAAAGAUACUUUGUCUGGGAUAGGAAUGCAAUUACCUUCAAGUUCACUGACAAAGAUUUUCUAAAUAAAAUACCCUACCUGUU